CUUUGUCAAAAUGACCGUUACUAUGGAUAAUAACAGAAACAAUAAGAGGAGAGAAUCUUGGAAUUCAGAGAUGUCGUCAAGCAGCGUGGUCGGGCGCCGCCUGAAACGUGACAAUAGUUCUGCCCUAGCUUCCGACAGUGAUAUCCGGUUCACGCGCCGGAAACUCGGCCAGAGGAAGCGCUGCGGUUGUCUACUAGUCGCUUCUUUCAUCGGAAUGCUACUUCUAGCUGCUGUCGCUCUUUACUUGGCCUAUACUUAUCUCAGUCCAGAACCUCCGGGAAAUCAAGAAUUCAGUGUGCGCUUUCGUGUAUUGCAAGGAGAUUCGUUUUCUCCGCAGCUCGCUGAUACAUCUUCUGUUAUUUUUGAAAAUCACGCACGAGAUUACCGCGAAAUGCUAAAUUUAUUAUUCCGACGAAGUGAACUUAGACAAAGUUUCAGUAAAACGGAAGUAUUAGCUUUAGAUGGAGAAGAAGAUAAAGAUCUCGUCGUACAUGUGAGCUUGCACUUUGAGCCAUUGUAUCAACGUGUCACUACCAAGGAAGUCGAACGUGUUCUAAGGAAAGAAAUAAGCCAAGAUAAACCGCGAUACCUAACUGGAUUGCUAAUUGAGUCCUCAAGUUUGGAAAUACGCGAAAGUGGCGAUUUGCCCUCAUCGACAGCUCCGCUCUCUAUAGAACCUGAUCCCUCCGUGACGCCUGCAUCGCGACCACAUCAAAAAUGUACUAAAGUUGACUUGUCAUUCUGCGAUACGCUACCAUAUAAUAUUACCAUGUACCCUAAUCUUCUUGGCCACAAGAGCUCAGCCGAAGUUCAAGCCGAUAUGAUAGCAUUUCGUGAGCUGGUCGAUGCAGAAUGCUACCGCGCUGCACACCAUUUUCUCUGUAGAUUGCUUCAACCUGAAUGUCUUUCCUCUGGCAUUUUAUUGCGGGAUCCUAACAUAAAUGAAGAAAUUAAUGUCCAGUUACCAUGUCGUUCAUUUUGUAAAGAUUUUUGGUUAGGAUGCGGAUCCCGUUUAUCUGAUAAAUUUCGUUCCAUGCUGGAUUGUAAUGGGUUUCCGGAGUAUUCCGGGCCCGGAUCUUGUGCUGUAAAACCAGGAUGUGCAGAUGAGUUUGAGGAAAAAGCGUUAUCUCCGCGACUUUGUGAUGGAAUACCGGACUGCGCGGACUUGAGUGAUGAGUUGCGAUGUUCAUAUUGUGCUCCUGGACGACUGCAUUGCGGAAGAGGACGAUUCUGCAUAUCACCAGAUCGUGUUUGUGAUGGGCGACCUGACUGCCCGGAUGGAUCUGAUGAAAAUUCUUGUCUGGGAGUUGCACCAUCACUGCAUGCUAUUGUUAGAGGUCCCACGCUGACACCACAUUUAUCAAAAUUCCAUUCUGAAGGAUAUGUAAUGUUUAUGGAACGAGGAAAGUCGGGAAAACUGUGCGCCGAAGGAUUGAAGAAAGGAGUACAAUCAGUUUCUACUGAACCUGCAAAGCAUAGAACAGCUCUAGAAGCAGUUUGCGGCUUGCAAUCGUCUCUGGGAUCAGGCGCGGCUCUUGCAAAAUUAGCUGGUCCAGGAGACUGGCCAUGGCAUGCAGCUUUAUUUCGUGAUGGAGCACACGUAUGCGAUGCGACCCUAGUGGCACCCACGUGGCUCCUUACUACUGCCGCCUGUUUCCAAGGACAGCCGCGCGCUGAAUGGCGGGCUCGUUUAGGCGUUACACGACUCGAUAGCGAUGGAGGUCCAUGGCAACAGGAGCGAAAUAUUAUCGGCAUGGUAAAGUCUCCUGUUGAGGGAAGCACUGCUGCACUGGUUCGUCUCGAAGUGCCUGUUGCUUUAUCAAAUUUCGUACGUCCAGUGUGCUUACCAGAUAAUAUGACUGCCCUGCGCGUUACAACUCAUUGCAAUGCACUGGGCUGGGCGCGACAUCGUAAACAACUGCAGCGCGUACAACUACGCGUAAGUGACAUGCAGCGAUGCGAGAACGUCAGCAUAGCAACUGUAAACUCACUUUGCACAGAAGCUGCUCUUCCACAGCAAGACUGCAAUGAGGAAGAGAUGGCUGGAAGUUCCAUGUUAUGUCUUUAUCCAGACGGAAAGCGAUGGUCUUUAGUUGGCGUUUCCACCUGGCGCAUAGCCUGCGCUGGUACUGGUGCCACUCGUGGCACCGAGAGACCAAGAAUGUAUGACAAAAUUAACUCUAAUGUAGCGUGGAUUCAAGAAACUAUUUCUGCAGCAGACUCUGACGACCAUCACUAGUACAUUUGUAAAGUUACAAU